CUCCCUGUGCUGUUUAUCUCUGCUCAGGGGAGCUCAGGGUAGUUUAAGAAGGAACUCCAGAGGCUGAGCAAUCACACACCCCUUUCUCUCGCUCUCUCUCUCUCGCUAAUUCCUGAGGCAAGACCAGGGAGGAACAAAGCUCUACUUGGGGCAAGCGAGUAUAGCUACUGAGGAAUCUCAACAGAAUAAUUCCUUUUUAAUCACUGCUUUUCAUUUUAUUUGCAAGCUAUAAGAGAAGGUUUUGCGGAUCAUAUUUAAUCUCUUGGCUGAAGUAACAAGUGGAAAACUUGUUUAUCGAAGUUCGGCUCAGCGGAGGAGAGAAACUCACGUUAGAGCUUACAGGAGGCUGACACACGCAGGUACAAUGGAUCUUGUGGUCUUGGUUGCGUUCAGCUCCUGGCUGGCUCCUGCACUCGCCUCAGCGGCAGAUGAGGACAAAGACAGUGACAGUGCUUUUAAUUACGAUUACGAAUCUCUGAGAAUCGGUGGCCUGGUUUUCGCAGUGGUACUGUUCAUCAUGGGGAUCCUCCUCAUUGUCACCCGAAAAUGUACCUGUUCAUCAGGUGACAAGUCAAGGUCCAGAGGUCCUGAUGUGGAACGAGGUGUUCCUCGGGCUUCGUAGACACAAAGACAAAGAGCAACGGAGAUCUGAACAACUCAAUCUUGUUCUCCACCUCUUCCCACAGUGUUAUCGACUUACCAUUAGGUGGCAGCAAAUACCUUGAUCACAGCAGAGGACAAUCUUUCCAUGAACACAACAAGCUUCCUUCAAUUUCUUAGUGCUGCUCUGUGCUCCUUUUUUUCCUUUUUAAUGUUUUUAUCAUCAAUUGCUGUUAUUAGAUAAUGAGCCAACUUUAUAUGGUGGUAGUGUAGUGUGGUAAAAGUGUGAUUCUCAUUUGUAUUUUUAUGACUUUCAGAUUGAUGCAAAAUAUUAAAACACAUCUUUGAAAAGGUUCCUUCUGCUUUCAUGCAUCGUUCUUUUGUUCUCUGCCGUUAGGAGCAGACCAGCAGCGGACAGCUCUCUAUUUUGCUGCACUCCCACUUCUGCUGACUCUGCAGACACUUCAGUUGCACAUGCAGUAGUAACCACCAGCAGUGAGACUGUGAAUGAUUUAUGUGCUGCACUAUGCAGUAUACUUGGAAAUGGGCUGUCUUUAAAAAAAAAAAAAGACUUAAUUUGACCUAUCCCUCUUUUCAGUGCUGUUUUUAUUGGCAGAUUUUCAACCGUAGUGAUUAUAGCAGCCCCUGCGAGAGCAAAAGCUGCGUAUGCAGACUGUAUUUUCUCCCUGGUGUUGCAGGAACGGUCUGACUGCACUGCACAAAAGAAAGCACAUGGAAUAGAAAAUGGUGCAUAUUGAGCAUGCAAGCAACGUUUCUAAAAGGCAUUAUAAACUACAAACUGAUGAGAAUCUGGUGCAAAAUCCACAAUACGGACAGAUUACAGCAUCGAUUCUUAAAUAUCCAAAAUACCUUAAUUUAUUCACACAUGCAGUUAACACCCCCAUACUCUCGCAUGCUCCACAGAAGACUAUGAUACUCAGCAGAAUGUUAUACAUACUACCUUAUAGUAGCAUUACAUUAGCUGUUUACCCUUUUAUUCAAUGUAAUUUUGGGCUACUGUGGCGACCCACUAUCCCCUGUACUGGCAGAUCUGGCACUCUGUGGGUGUAACCCUUCGUUGUGAAUGCAGUGUUUUGCUGUGGCCACCAGAGGGUCCCUGCUGAGUUUGCAGAGAGGGUUCUUAAGCAGUUCUGCAUGCUGUCCUGUCCAGCUACCUCGAUUCAUAUCCAACCUUAAACUGCAUCCUGCUAAAUUUCUGGGAGACGGAGAUCCUCUACAUCUCUACAGUGCAGCCAUGGCCACCAAAGAAACUAUGUUUCCAGACCGAAGUGACUUUGAUUAUGAUUAUGAGACAUUGCGGACUACGGGGGUUGUCCUUGCAGCAAUCAUGUUUGUAUCUGGCAUUUUAAUAGCCCUCAUUCCAGCUCAUCUGGUACCCAAAUCCCAAAGACAGAGGUGCCUCCUCAAACUGUAUAGAAAAUAUAGUAUCUACUUGAAAUGGAGGACAUCGUUACAGGAACCACGCCAGCGAAUACACACACACACUGAUUAUUUAUGGCCAUCCUGUUUGGCUGAUAUACCUCUGCCAGCGAGAUGAUCAACAAGGUUUUCCAACGCAUCCUAACCUGGUUUUAUUGAGUCUCCCAUGGAAUUAUGUAGAAAGUCUUUCAAUAAGUGAUCAAAUAUCAGAUUGUUCAUUAAUAUGCGAGUGUUGGGAAUAAAAGAAAAAAAUAAUAUGACCAACCAUGAAACUUGAAAGGGUACUUUUAAUCAAACAAAUGCAAUAAUUGUUGUUGCUCUUCUUUACAUCUGACUCCUGUAAAACAAUUAAGUUAAGAGCAUGAUUGAAUAUUCAUAAACUAGCAAAAUCUCCAGAUCGAAAAAAAAGGAACUGCACGCAUUGAUCAAUUGUAGCAAUUGUCUUUUGUUGUUAUUUUUCUUCAUUUCUGUUGAUAUCUUCUUUUUUCUAGCAUGACAAAAUAAUGAAGAAACUAAUAAACAGAAUCAGCAAAAAUUGAACAUGCUAAAAUGAAAUCGCUAGCAUAAUAUAUUGAUGAAAAAUAAAAGACAAUGUUCAGUUAUGUAUUUUAUUUUAUAAUGCUUUGGAAAAUGAUGUAAUACAGUGUUUGAGUUUGCUUAUAAGUAAUUCAUUCUGUUUGAAUCUCAAGGCAAAGGUACGAAUCAUUAUGUUACCUGUAAAGCUGGAAAAUGAAACCCCCGUUUCAAAUAAAGGUCUUGUCUAGUCAG